UUGAAAUGUUUAGUUGCUGCGUCCAUUGUUUACAUUUAUAUUUCAUUGUAAUUAUUUCAUUUGUGAAAGAGUAGACUGUUUGUUAUUGAAAACUUUGACAAAAAGUUGAAGAAAAUGAGUUUUUGGUUUGUGGCUGCGAUUGCCAUUGAAAUUAGAGAACAAAAUAACAUGGAAAAGUUAAAGAGGAGAAUUUUGCGUGACCACAGCAAUCCGCUAAGUCUCUCAGAUGCAUUAUUUGUUGCUCAAUACCGUCUAAAUAAGGAUGCGUUCUCCAUGGUAUUAAGUGAAGUGGAACCAUACUUAAAAAAUAUGUCCAUUCCACCUAUUAUUCAAUUGGCUGCCACACUGAGGUUCUUUGGUGAAGGAGGUUACCAGAGGUCAGUAGGAACAGAUGCAAAUAUCCAAUUAGGUCGUAGCACUGUUUCCAAAGUUAUUGGCAAUGUGCUUACCGUCCUCGAAUGGAAACUCUGCCAAAAGUGGAUCAAGCUAAAUGUGUCAGAAAGUGAGCGACGCCAAUGUAAAUCAUUUUUUUUUAACAAAUGGGGGAUACCUGGUGUAAUCGGGUGCAUUGAUGGCACCCACAUCGAAUUAAUAAAGCCACUAACGGAUGCCCCCUCGUAUUACAAUAGGAAGGGUUAUUUCAGCAUAAAUGCUAUGAUUAUAUGUGAUCACAACAUGACAAUUCAAGCUGUUGAUGCAACGCAUCCCGGCUCCAGCCACGAUUCUUUUAUCUGGAAGCUCAGCAAUGCAUAUUCUCAUUUUGUGGCAAAAUAUCGGGGUGGCGAGCGUUGUUUUCAUUUGUUGGGCGAUAGUGGUUAUGGCAUUGAACCAUUUUUGAUAACUCCAUUUAGGAAUCCAAUUGCCAAUACAAUAGAGCAUAACUUUAAUGUAGUACACGCUUCUGCGCGUAAUAUUGUUGAACGAACUAUUGGCGUCUUAAAAUCUCGAUUUCGUUGUUUAAUUAGUUGCUUGCACUACAGUCCACAAAAAGUUGUUAAAAUUAUUAAUGUCUGUUGCGCACUUCACAAUGUGUGUAGACACUACAACGUUAACUUCGAUGAAGAAAAUAUUACUGAAAAUAUUAAUUUCCAAAAUAUGAACAACGAAAAUAAUAUCGAUGAUGAAAGAGUAUCAUCGUUAUAUAACGAAGGAGUUCGUGUCAGAAAUGAAAUAGCAAACAAUCUUACAGUUUGAAGUUCAGAUAAAUUUAUUCAUUUUUCAAUGUCUUUUAUAUUUUUUUCGCAUAUACAGACACACAGUUAGUGGCAGUGAAAAUCGCGCAGUAAGUUUCUUCAAUUUUUUUAUAUAAUAAAUUUGUUUAUGAAAUAAUACUUCACAUACAUAUGUAACGGAAAGUUUCAAACCUUGUAACAAAUUAACAGAAUUUAGUAAAAUUUUCAUAAAAGUUUCGAAUUGCUUAAUCUUUUUUUUUAGCAAAAUGUUUGGCAUGUAGUCUUAAAGACGAUUUUAUUACAGUUUAUAGUUGGAAGAAAAUGCGUAACACCGUUACUUAAAACUCCAUAAACUAUAAUUAAAUGGGCUAUAGGACUACAUGUCAAACAUUUCUCUAAAAAUACUGAGUUUUAUAUUUGAUGAAAAUUUAACUAAUUUUUAUAAAUUUGUUACAAAGCUUCAAACUUUCAGUUAUAUGGUUUUUUUUGAAGUGUGAAGUGUUAUUUCGUAAUUAAAUUUAUUUAAUUUAAAUGAAAUAAAUGUAAAAAGAAUAAAAGA